CUUGUUAUUCUUGUGAUUUUCCAAAAGAAAUUUGUUUACCCGAUGGCGAUUCUUGUAAAUUUGUUCCAAUUCAUCAUCAAACCAUUUGGGCGAUUCUGUGCUUACAAAAAAAAAAAAGGAGAGGUAGUUACGUUUUCGUCGAUCGUCUCGUCGCUGCUGAAAGCUUCAUCCCAAAUAUCUCCGGUGAUAAGAAUGAAGAUGAUCUAUGAAUGCGCACACUGUCGUCAGAUGAUCCCCUUUGGAAAAAAUGACUUUGAGUUGGAGUUAAACUGUCGAAAUUGCAAAUUGAAAACCUGUGGAAAGUGCCUCAGACGUUCUCAUUACCCGGCAUCGUGUCAUGAGUAUGAGAAGUGGUUAUUAUUCCGGUCUACACGACCUUUCCAAGGAACCACUAUUCUAUACAAUCUUCUUCGUGAUUAUAAUACUAAUCACUGGGAUUAUCAUAAUAUGCUAUUUCGUUUGUUGGACGAGGUUCAAACUGCUCAUGAACAGUUUUCUCCAGAGUUUUAUCAGCGUUUCCACAAGCGCCUCAUUCUUCCUUUUGAUCAGAUGCGGGAAGUUGUUGAUUUCAACCGUUGGUUCCUUCUCCAUGCUGCCUUCAACCCCGUCGUAGAGUCUUCUCUAGCAAAUGAGCAUAAUCUUCUCUCAACGCGAAUGACUGCUUUCAUAACCAGUGUUCCUCCAACCGAUUUGGCGCCAGAUGAGUGGACUGCAAGACUACAACAAGUCGACAUGAUUAGUAUCGAUCUUGGUGUGUCGGUUUCCAAACUGAUCUUUGGAAUUCCAAAGGCACAUAAUAUGGCGGAUGUGCAAGAAUCACGCAAGGCCGUACAUUACUGGACAUCAAAGAUGGUAUCGUGAAAUCCUUCCUUGUUCACAAGGUUCUUGAUUCGAAUUUCUUCUUUUGUUUGUGCGUGACACUUGGUUUGAAACACUACACAAUGUUGUAAUUAAUUUGGUAGAAAUCUUCUCAUCACUAAACUUCUUUUUUCGUUGUCAAUAUUAUAAUUGUGGCUCUUCUUCUUA